AUGAAGGAAUCUCAGGUAUCCUGGACAAUCGGAACACGCCAUGGCACGCUCUCUAUUGGGGCUCAUCGACUGUACCUCUCUGCAUCAGGACCGACAAGACAAUCAACGAAUGGCAUCCUCCAGCCUGCAGUUAUUAUUGAAGCAGGCCUCUGCAGUGGAGAACGCGAAUGGAUUGCAGUGGAACGACUGAUUGCUGAAAAGGCAAGGGUCUACGCUUACGACCGGGCAGGAUACGGGCGUAGCGAUCCAUCUCCCGAUCCCCUAACAGCUGAAAACCGGAUAAUGGAACUAACCCACCUACUCGAAAAUGCAAAUGUUGAACCCCCGUACGUACUCGUGGGCCAUUCAUAUGGCGGUGUUCUUGUCCGAGAGUUUCUGCGACAGCAUGGAAAGGAAAAAGUGGCUGGAAUGGUGAUUGUCGAUUCUAGUCGAGUUCGAACUCCACUACCAUCAGAUUGGCCCAGCUUGGUGGGCGAUUCCGAAUAUCCCGCUAUUGUUGGACUUGAUAAAAACCACGUUCUGUCUACCGAAGAGUACGAGGCUGUCAAAGAGGAUGGACAUCGCAACCUGCCUACUGCACAGUUGGAGGAAUCAUUCAUGGUCGCAAGCACCGAGAAGGUCAACGAUGCCAUACCCGAAGGACCCAGGGCUCUAGGCGACAACCGUUUGAGUGUGAUAUUUGGAAAUGAAUCGAUUGAUUUCCAGAAAUUAUAUGAUUUUGGCAUCGCACAUGGAUUUGGAACAAAACAGGCUCAAGAUAACUUGGCUCGUCGACUGGAGGACAUGGAAAAAGUUGACGAACAAGGCCAGCGUGCUCAUUUACAAAUGUCUAGUCAGAGUCGAUUCGUCUACGCUCGGGGAGACGCAAGAACGCACAAUUUACAAUAUGUGGCACCUGAGGUUAUUCGAGAUGAGGUAUUUUGGGUUCUUGGAUUAUCUGAUGAUUGA